AUGCCAAAACACAUCGUUGUUGGAUUCAUGCUCAGUUUGUCUGUAGUGGAUUGCGCAAACAUUUUGGCCUUUUUUCCAACACCCUGAAUAAGUCAUCAGGUUGUCUUCCGUCCUAUAACACAGGGACUAGCCAAACGUGGACAUGAGGUUGUAGUCGUGACCACAGACCCAGCGUUUCCAAAAGGACAGGCACCAACAAACCUCACUGAAAUAGACGUUCACGAUAUCUCCUACCACCUCAUGAGAGAGGUUUUCGUAACAAACUCUUCGGGAUACAAGAGCGGUGCCUUCGAUAAAGUAAAAGCAACCUUUGAGAGGCUAAUAGUCAUAUUUGAAAAGCAGAUACAAUUUGAAGAAGUGAAAAACAUACUAAGGGAUAAAACAAAGAAAUUUGAUUUGUUGAUAUUAGAAGCUUGUGUCAAACCAGCUUUAGUACUUUCUCACGUUUAUAAAGCUCCAGUGAUUUUAGUAAGCUCGCUAGGGCCUAUUUAUGGUAACUUGGAGAAUCUGGCGGGACCUGUACAUCCUUUGUUGUACCCGGGACCUUUCAGCGAUAGAAGCUACAACUACACUCUCUGGGAUAAAAUUACAGAGCUGUGGAAUCAUUGGAAAUACCAAAAUAUGCUGGAUGACAUGCAAGAUGCUGAUAACGAAAUGAUUCGGCGGAAUUUUGGACCUAAUGUACCAGAUAUUAGGGAACUAGGAAAGAAUGUAGAUAUGUUUUUCGUGAAUUUGCAUCCGCUAUGGGAUAAUAACAGGCCAGUACCACCGAACGUUGUUUACAUUGGUGGUAUACAUCAAACGCCCGAUAAAGAAUUACCGAAAGAUCUAAAAUCGUACUUGGAUUCGUCAAGGAACGGCAUUAUUUAUGUUAGUUUUGGCUCGAACGUCGAACCUUCCAUGUUCCCUCGGCACGUUUUCGAUACCAUCCGUAACGUCCUAUCGAAAUUACCGUAUGACGUUUUAUGGAAAAUGGAUUUAGAUAAAUUACCAGGGAAAGCAGAAAAUAUUAAAAUUGGAAAAUGGUUUCCCCAAUCCGACCUUUUGAAGCAUCCAAAAGUCAAGCUAUUUAUAACUCAAGGUGGCUUGCAAUCCACCGACGAAUCGAUCGUGGCUGGUGUUCCCUUUGUGGGUAUACCUAUGGUCUCCGACCAGUGGUUCAAUACAGAUCAGUACGUUAAGCACCAGAUCGGCGUUAAGUUGUACAUGGAAACAAUUGAUGAGGAAAAGCUCACGGACGCCAUUACAACCGUACUUGAAGACGACCGAUAUCGUCAGAAUAUAGUUCGUUUUCGUUCUCUGGUGUACGACCAGCCCCAGAGCCCCCUAGAUCGAGCCGUGUGGUGGACGGAGCAUGUCCUGCGUCACGGAGGGGCAAGGCAUCUCCGAUCAGCGGGAGCCACCCUGACCUGGUCAGAAUACCUAGAGAUACCGUUAAUUAUGAAAAUUCUAUCAAUAAUUUUCCUAUUUUCAUUUGCGUCACAUUAUACAAUAAUGAAACUCUACAAAUUACAUUUUAAUGUAUGUAAACCUAAAUUAAAAAAGAUGUAA